AUGACCCAGGUGGAUGAGGGAAUUGGAACUGAAUUAGCAUCUAUCGCCUCGACUGCCAGCGUUCCUGAUCAUAAAUGUGACCUUGAGAACUGGCGAGCGCGACGCGACGAGGAAAAGAAAGCCCUGGAAGCUUUUUCCCAACGGCUUUUCAUCCCGGAAUUUCUAUCCCAAUCCGUGCAGGUGAUCAUGGUCUUCGUGGAGGCGUUAUAUCAGCCCACGAAAAUCAUCGACGGGAAAAUCGCGUGGGUGGCGUUUGGCGUGUGCCUGUUCGAGCUGUUGAUGAACGUCGUGCUCGACGCGUUGAGCGUGAAACGAGGCCGUCCGCCCAAGGGAGAUGCGCCCCCGGUACACCUGAACCCGCAGCAAAAGUUGGCGCUGCGCCGCGAGCGCAACGCCGAGGCGGCCACGCGCUACCGCAACAACCAGAAGCAGCUGAUCAACGAGCUGCAGCAGGAAAUCGACGCGCUCAAGCAGAUUCCCGGCAGCUCCGGGCAACAGUCUAUGCAAAAUUUGGCUCCCCCAAGAAACGAAUUGCUAUGCCGAUCGAUAUCGAUGCCGUCGUACAACGAGAACAAUAAGCUCAAGCGCUCCGUGCCGGCCAACUUGACGCUGCUGCCGAGCCCGCGCCGGAAAUUGUCACGCCGCCUAUCCAGCGACCUUGGCUUCCAUUUUUCGCCGGCCAAGACCCCGUCCGACUUGCUCACGCCGCACACGCUCGCCAGUCAGUUGAAGCAGCACGUAUCGUCCGGCUGGACGCCAUUCAUCGAGAUCACCCAUGCCAACGGGGAACGCCAGUUUUUCGACAAUUUUCAU